AUGAGUCAAAAAGCGGCUGUUUCAGCUCAAAGGAAGCGUCACCGAUUGCCUGGUGAACUCGAAAAAGUCUUGAAAAAUGAACGACCCGUGACCAUUGGCGUCAUUGAAGGGCGCCACUUGGCUGCCAGACUGCGGGAAGAACCACGUUUUGUACCUCAGACAAAUAAACCAAAAUGGUCCGAUUUGGAUUUAUGGGUUGACGAACCUCUAUCAUGGUCAUCGCAACAUUCAAGCCUUAAACUGUCGAAGCAGGAGAGGAAAAAGCAAGAUGUUAUAUACGGUUAG